AUGGUAUUUUGUUACGCAUUAAUAUCCAAGGGUACGACUCCAGUAUGCCAACAUUGCGCUGUAUCAGGAAACUUUGAUUUAUAUUACCAAAAGUUUUUACCAAAAGAUAAGUCAAAAGAUGGAAUUGUUAUACUUAAAGUUGAUGGUUACAUUUGGGGUAUCCUUUCGGAUGAAGAUGAUUUGAAUAUUCUCUGUGUUGUCAGAGAAUCGUGCGAAAAGCAAAUGCUAGUCAAAAUUUUGAACGAAAUCAAGACAGUUUUGCAUCGAUAUUUGAAAACGCGUCCAACAGAUUGGGAAAACGCUUCUACAUUUUCACUUCAAGCAGCAUUCGAACCCUCUUUACGCGAUAUUUGUAGGACAUUAGACCGAUCUCCAGCAAAUUUAGCUGAAAUUGUCCCACCAAGCAUUGCAGAACUCGAAUCAAGCGAUGCAGACGAAUACAAUUUACUUUUAGGUAACAAUACACCAGGUGUUAGGUCAAUUGGCUAUCGCGCAAGAAAAAGAAAAAUAAUUAAAAUCGUUGCCUUUGUUGCAAUCUUAGUUAUAGUUGCCCUCAUAAUAUAUCUACUUUUGGCUUACUUCUGUGGUGGUUUUGCGAUCCCUCACUGUUAA